AUGUCCUUUCAGAUCAAGGAUUUAGGGGAGGAUAUGGAGGACGAAAAUGAGGUUGGAUUGCCAGCAAAAGGCAUCAGUAUGAUCAUCAAGGAAGUGCUGCCAGACAUGCGAAUUGCUAACGAAUCUCGCGAAUUGUUUGCCGCUUGUUGUGUGGAGUUUGUAAAAUAUGUGGCCAGAGGCGCUCAACACGUGAGCGGGCAUGAUCAACGUAAAACGAUCUAUCAUGAACACGUGCUGAAAGCUCUACAGUUGCUGCAGUUUCCUCCAGAUUACUGCGAAGCUGCCGAUAGCGUUUUGGGGGAAUGUAAGGUGGCUGCUGAAAAACGUCUAAAACGAAAAAAUUCACGAUUGGACAAAUGCGGAAUUCCGGAAGAAGAGCUGUAUCUCAUGCAACAGCAAUUGAUACAACAAGCGCGUGAACAAGAUCCAGAUCAGUUGCGUGCCCAAGCUGCAGCCGUUCAGCCGCUCGUCCAGGAGCAACAAGUGUUCGCUGCACAGCCGGCCCAGGAUGAUGAUGAGUAUGAUACAUAAUGCAUACUUCGACUGGUUUAUUUGUUUUUGUGGUUGUAAAUAGUUGUGUCAUAAGAAUUAGUGGGUUUCUUCCAGCAUACUAUGGUUUUUUUUAUUUGUUUUCCUCUGGUGGACUAGAGAAGGCUUGAGUCUUUGUGGAAACUACAAAUUUUUGAUUUUUUUUGGAAUUAGACUGAAUUUUUAUAUCUUUCUUUGAUGCU